AUGGCUGAGCUGCCAUACAUGUCACAUCCCAGAGGCAGGGUCCGCCCUCAUGGGCACUGCUCUUGGUCCCUGGGAAAGGGGUCCCAGAAGACUGGUAGCUUGUACUUCUCCGUCCCAUCUUCUAUCAGCUGCAGGAAUCCAGCCAUGGCGAACGAAGCUCGCAGCAGCAGCUCUUUGGAGGGCAGCAGUAGUGGCAGUGAAGGCUCCAAAGACAGCUCCCGCUGUUCCACUCCAGUGCUGGACGCUGAACGGCACGAGCGACUUCGAGAGAAGAUGCACCGGAGGAUGGAAUCAGGGGACAAGUGGUUCUCCUUGGAGUUUUUCCCUCCUCGAACUGCCCAGGGAGCAGUCAAUCUCAUCUCUAGGUUUGACCGCAUGGGGGCAGGUGGCCCCCUCUUUGUGGACGUAACCUGGCACCCGGCAGGGGAUCCUGGCGCAGACAAGGUGACCUCAUCCAUGAUUAUCGCCAACACAGCUGUAGACUACUGUGGCCUGGAGACAGUCCUACACAUGACCUGCUGUCACCAGACCCAGGAUGAGAUCACCAGCCACCUGCACAAGGCCAAGCGGCUAGGCCUAAAGAAUAUCUUGGCAUUGCGAGGAGACCCCAUGGGAGAUGAGUGGGAGGACGAAGAAAACGGCUUCUGCCACGCUGUGGACCUGGUGAAACAUAUCCGCAGUGAGUUUGGUGACUACUUUGACAUCUGUGUAGCAGGUUACCCCAAGGGUCACCCAGAGGCAGCAAGCUUUGAAGAGGACCUUCAGCACCUCAAGGAGAAGGUGUCUGCAGGGGCCGACUUCAUCAUCACACAGCUCUUCUUCCAGGUGGACACCUUUCUAAAUUUCGUCAAAGCCUGUACAGCGAUAGGCAUCACUUGUCCCAUCCUUCCUGGAAUCUUCCCCAUCCAGGGUUACCACUCCCUGCGGCAGCUGGUGAAGCUCUCCAAGCUGGAAGUGCCACAAGAAAUCAAAGACGUGAUCGAGCCGAUCAAGGACAACGACGCCGCCAUCCGCAACUAUGGAAUUGAGCUGGCUGUGGCCAUGUGCCAGGAGCUGCUGGCUAGCGGCGUGGUGCCCGGCCUCCACUUCUACACCCUCAACCGGGAGGUGGCCACCGUGGAGGUGCUGAAGAGGCUAGGCAUGUGGAACGAGGAUCCCAGGCGGCCUCUGCCGUGGGCUGUCAGCGCCCAUCCCAAGCGCCGAGUAGAGGACGUCCGGCCCAUCUUCUGGGCCUCCAGACCGAAGAGCUACAUCUACCGAACCCAAGCGUGGGAUGAAUUCCCCAAUGGCCGUUGGGGGAACUCCUCGUCCCCGGCCUUUGGCGAGCUGAAGGACUAUUAUCUCUUCUGCCUGACGAGCAAGUGCCCGAGGGAAGAGCUGCUGAAGAUGUGGGGGGAGGAGCUGACCAGCGAAGAAAGCGUCUUCAAAGUGUUUGCCUACUAUCUCUCUGGGGAACCCAAUCAGAGCGGCCACAGAGUGACUUGCUUACCUUGGAACGAUGAGCCUCUGGCAGCGGAGACCAGCCUGAUGAAAGAGGAGCUGCAGAAGGUGAAUCAGCGAGGCAUCCUCACCAUCAACUCUCAGCCUAAUAUCAACGGGAAGCCAUCCACUGACCCCAUUGUGGGCUGGGGCCCCAGUGGUGGCUAUGUCUUCCAGAAGGCCUAUCUGGAGUUCUUUACCUCCAGUGAAACAGUGGCAGCUCUUCUCCAAGUGCUAAAGAAAUAUGAGCUCCGUGUCAAUUACCACAUUGUCAAUGUCAAGGGUGAGAACAUCACCAAUGCCCCUGACCUUCAGCCCAAUGCUGUGACAUGGGGCAUCUUCCCCGGGCGGGAGAUCAUUCAGCCCACGGUGGUGGAUCCUGUCAGUUUCAUGUUUUGGAAGGAUGAGGCCUUUGCCCUGUGGAUUGAGCAAUGGGGGAAGCUGUAUGAAGAGGAAUCCCCAUCACGGAUGAUCAUCCAGUAUAUCCAUGACAAUUAUCAUCUGGUCAACCUAGUAGACAAUGAGUUCCCCUUGGACAACUGUUUGUGGCAGGUCCUAGAAGACACCUUUGAGCUCCUCAGCAAGCCAGCCCCGCAGUGAGUGGGCCGUCUUCCUGGCAUCCUGUCUUUCCUCUCUUCCCUGUGUUUCUCUAAGGAUUCUCCAGCUGUUUUCUUCUCCAUCCCAUCCCGUCAUACACGCCCUGGCUCCCAUCCCCAUCCCUCCCCCAGUGAUGGCUGCUAGGCUGGUUGCUGACCUUCGUGCUUGGAUUCAACCAGUCUGUUCUGCACUCGAGCCUUGGGGGGCUUUCCCCUACACUACAAUUUUGUUGGGGAGUAACUCCAUCCUUCGACCCGAGGCCAUGGAGAAGCACUGGCCAUCCAGUGCCACCUUUAAGUUUUCCUGGUGAGGAGACGUGGCCUGAGACUGUGAGCACUGGACCAGAGUGCCUGGCUAGCCAGCUGGGCCUUCCAAAGAAACUGUCCUUCUGUUGUCUUCCUGGGCCACAUACUGAUAUUUAGGGCCCAGACGAAACUGGAAAUGCCCCGCUAUGUGUGGAGAAAUGGGACUGUGACUGGACACACGGAUGCUAGACUUUGAGGUCCUUUUGCCUCAGGGACCUUGGCCUAAUUCUUGCCUCAGUUUCCCCAUCUAUGAAAGGAGAGGCAAGCAAGAACUGUUCUGCCUUCUUAGGCAAGCACACGAACCUCGGGCUGUCACAUGACCACCGUAAGCCGUCCUUACCCUCUGCUAUUGAAGCCUUGGUCAAGGCUGUGGUUCCAUAUUUACUUCCAUUUUUCUUUUCCUGAUUGACCUGUGUUUAAUCUGUCUGGGAAACUCCCAGUGUGGACUCUGCCUCUCAGCUUCCUGAUUCCAAGACUGGCCCUCUGUCCACUGCACUAGCCUUCUUUUAUCUCUACCAUAAGCUGCUUUGUUUCCAUAGAUUCCUGGUUUGGAAGAAAACACCUUAUGGAGUUUCAAGUCCCUUCAGAAGUGUCCUCCCUGGGGCCCCUGCCCUCAUCUUCCUCCUUAGGGAGGUAGAGGAGAAGCAAGAGUCGAUGACCCUUGAGGGCAGAGGGGUGAGUCACAUGGUUGGAGCAGCCUCGGGGCCCUCACUUCCUCUUCCAGUAAUGGGCCUGCCUGUGUUCUCGUAGGGAGUCCUUUCACCAGCACUGGCUACCCUCUUCUUCCUCUACCAAGCUCAGGUCUGACCUACUCAGUCUUUUUCCUCUUUCUUCUAAAGAUAUUUGUCUUGUAAGUGAAUGAAUGUCAGUAACUAGCACUUUCCACUGCUGGGUCAAUCACGCUAUGUGGCAGGGACAGGGUUAAGGGAAAGGCCUGUCUCCAUCCUCCCCACCCCACCCUCCAGGCUCCCCUUCUAUAGCUGAGAUCAGCUGUCUUGGAGCCAGUGCUGGGUCAGCAGAAAGAAAACCUCGUGAGGGAGGGACGGGGGAUGGUCAGAAGGAAGCAGAUGCUGCAAAGCAGAAACAGGAGGGCUACUUGGGGAGGGGGAGAACCUAACUCCCGGCCGCACUGCCUGGCCCCAGUUCUGCCUAUUUCUUGGAGGUAGGGGGCUCCCCCAAUCAGAAUUGGGGAACUUUGGUGGUCAUUUUAGACCACCAGCCUGGCAGAACCCUCCUUAGAGCCUCCCCAGCCUCUGCUUAAAGACCCAGACCACUUAGAAGUCACUACCUCUGGGCUGCCCAGUCACCUUGGAAAGCUCCCAUUUGGUUUUUGUAACGAGUUUAAAUCUGCCUUUUAUUGUUCCUGUUUCUGCCCUCUGAGGCUCGUUCCUUUUCGACAUAAAAGCACUUGAAGGUAGCUAUUAUAUUUCCGAUUCCCAAGUUUUCAGUUUUUUCUGUAGAUCAUCACAUGACAAGUUACUGGUCCCCUCACCAUCCUGGUCACCCUCUGGUUAAAUGUCAAUCCUAAAAUGUGGACCCCAGCACUGAAACACAGUGCUCCAGAUCUGACCGGAAUAGGCUGGGCCCUCAGGCAGAUAAAAGCCAGGAGGAGGCAGGGAAAGGAAUGGUAUUUUAUUAUCUGUUGAAGUCAGGGUCUCUGCCCCUGAGAGCUGUUUUUCAUAAAAGCAUUACCAGACGAGUUUGCUGGGCUCUUCUCUACCCAGCCCUGGUGGGUGGAAUGGGACAGGAUGGGGGCAGGGCUGGAUAUCCUCGCCUGAGGAAAGCACCAACAACAGCUGGGCAGGGCCUGCCCUCCGUCCCUACAUGCUGUGCCUAACGGUUCACGUGCUGACCCGUGAUCACUAGCUGGUACCUCCUCUCCUGGGCACCCGGGCUGCCCAGCACUGGUGCCAUCUUCCAAAGGCCUGAAAACAAGGGCGGGAGGGCAAAAGAAAUGAAACCCUAUCUUUAGUUACUCUGGUCCAUGGCGCCCUGCCCAGCCUCAGGGUCAGCCUGUCCAUGCCAAGAGGAGGCAACAGCUGAGUUCCAGCCCCUCCCCCUUAGGAAAGCUAAAUAAAAAGGCCCUCCACUCCCAAGAGGGCAGCUAGCCCACCCAGGGCGGAAUUAGCCCAGAAUAUCUAGAAAGAUCUAUAGGAAAACUGCUCAGAAUGGAAGGGGUGCACUACCACGCACUAGCCAGGCAUCUGUCCCUUGCCUUGAAUAAGACUUGGAAUGGAGUGGGGGAGGGUUGUUGGCAGCUGUUUCUGUGAUCAGGACAAUCUUGGGUGGCAUCUGAGGAAUGAAGUUGGGGCUUGAAACAAAACUUUUGAACUCCCUUAACCACCUCAACAGAAACUAAUGCCUCUCCUUGCUAUGCGUUGGGUGGAACAGGGGGCAGCGUGGUUGGAGGGGCACAGUCCUGGUGAAAAUGCAGCUAGGGUGCUCGGAAUGUAGUCCUAUAGGCCUUGAACUACCUACACACCGUCCCCAGUCUUAGGGUCGUCACCUGGUGGUCACGGAUACCUGAGAGAGGACCCUGUGGUCUUGCAAACACAGGGCCACCUGAAGCUGCAGCCACCGCCUCCGCCACGUCCCCCAGCCCCAUUCCAGCCAGCGCUGCCUGACCUGUACAAGGGCAACAUGAGGUCAGGAGGGGGGGCCCACCUAAGGACAUUACGUGGGCAUCACCUAAUGACAGCUGCUGCCCCGAUCCAGCAGUUCUAAGGAUUAUGUACAAGGAAGGGAUAUACUGCAUGAGAGGAUUCUCAGCAAGUGUAACCCAACAGAAUCUAUUUGGUAUCUUUAAAGAUUGGAAUUAGAUAUGGAACUAUGUUUUGCACGAUUACAUAUGUGUAACCUGUAUCAAAUUGCUUAUUGUCUCAAGGAGGAGGGAGGG